UACAAACACUACCUGACUACCACCACAAGAAACUAGUGAAAGGGAAAAGAAGAGAAGAAAUGGAGGAGGGUAAGGGAGAAGUGAAGCACAUAUUGCUUGCAAAGUUCAAGGAAGGCAUUUCUGAACAACAAAUUCAAAAUUACAUCAAACAGUAUGCCAACCUUGUCAAUCUUGUUCCUUCUAUGAAGGCUUUCAGAUGGGGUAAAGAUGUGAGCCAAGAAAACUUGCACCAGGGUUUUACUCAUGUCUUUGAAUCGACUUUUGAGAGCACAGAAGGCAUUACUGAGUAUAUUGCUCACCCAGACCAUGUUGAGUUUGCAAAUAUGUUACUGCCUCAAUUUGAGAAAGUCAUUGUAGUUGAUUACAAGCCUACAAAGGUCCAACUCUGAAGCUAUAAUAUUGGACGUUUCUGUUUUCCAGUCUGAAUCAGGAAGUCUGUUUCCUUUUCCAUUAAAUAAGAGAUGUGAUGUCUGAGGACAGUUUCUUUUGUAAUGUUACCCAACCUCUCUCCUGACAUAUAAGCAUAUGUAUGUUUGCGUCUGUAGUUGUGUUAUCGAACAA